CACCAAACGCACUAUAAUUAUAUCUGUCAAGGUUUGACGAUGGGGAAGAAAGUCCAGGUUUAUUCCGGGAAAUUGAGACGUAAUUGCUAACGAUCGAAGAAUAAAAACCCUAAAAGAAAAAGGGGUUUUCAUUGAAUUUUACAUGUUCCCCAAUUUCUGUUGCUGUUAAUACUGCCGAUAAAUGGAGUCGCCUGCGGCAGGAAAAUGCAUCCCUCACAAGUCAAAGAAACGAGUAUUCCCAGAGAGUUCUUCGGGCACGGAAUCCAAAGGAGACGCAUCUUCUUCACCUGUUAAUCGGACUCUAAACGGCAAGAACAAGAUGCAUAAACAAAACGAGGAUACUAUGGUAUCAAUCUUAUCGGGGACUAGUAAUGCCAUUUCAAAGAAGGUAAAGUCACAUAACAAGGAGAUCAUCAUCUCACCAACUCUUAAUGGCAUAAUUGAGCUAGAUUCAGAGGACUCCGAUUCCUAUAAUGGCAAAGAUUACAUACAUUUGUCUUCUGAUGACCAUGAUUCCGAAUAUGAGUACCCAACUUUCCAAUCUCAUUUUGAUAACAUAGAUUUUCCCACCGGAAUGGAAUCCUCCAAUCCAUGGUUUCUGGAUUCUGUCAACAUGACUUCCUCAACUGGAUUUACACACUCCACACACCCUGAACAUCCAAUGCUUUCCCCAUCAAUGGUAGUUCUACCUUCCAGGUUGGAUACGAAAGGGGUAAAAACGUCUUUUGACCCUGCUAAAGUCACAAAAAGAACAUCUGGUUCAAGUAGUUCCACUUGUCCUACUCUACGCUUACAAAAGGGUGCAAUGAAGGUUAAAUCUGUCAAAAAACGGGUCAAAACUCAGCCCCACAAAAUGUCAAUUAAUCCAACACAAAUUACUCCUAUGGAAGAUGUGUUGUUUGAACAGAAUUCCAGAAAGAUUCAACAGAGCUCAAAUGUAGAGGAAAAGUAUCCGAAUUUUAAGAAGUUUGAUAUUGUUGAAGACUAUUCUGAUCAUCACUAUAAAGGGGCAAAUUCAGAAACAAUUCAACCCCCAAGAAACUGGUCUAAAAAGAUAGAAAAAGAAUGGAGGAUUCUCGAGAAGAAUUUGCCUGAUACAAUAUUUGUUAGGGUUUAUGAAUCAAGAAUGGAUCUUUUAAGAGCAGUGAUUAUAGGAGCAGAAGGAACACCAUAUCAUAAUGGUCUUUUUUUCUUUGACGUGUUCUUCCCCAGUAACUAUCCAUAUGUUCCUCCUGUAUGUCACAUCACAUCACAUCACGUCUCUUCUUUUUUUAUUUUUAAUUUAAUUUCAUAUUAUUAUUAUUAUCAGAAAGUUUAUUAUCAUUCUGGUGGGUUGAGAAUUAAUCCGAAUCUCUAUGAAGAAGGGAAAGUAUGUUUGAGUCUUUUGAACACGUGGAUUGGUGAGAGGAAUGAGAACUGGACACCUGGCGUUUCCACUAUGCUACAAGUUUUAGUGUCUAUACAGGGUUUGAUUCUGAAUUCAAAACCCUAUUUUAAUGAACCUGGAUUUGCAGAUUCAAGUGGCUCUGAUUAUGGAGAAAAUCAAUCGAUGUUAUACAAUGAAAGGACUUUGAUUUAUUCUCUUAAAACUAUGGUUUACACCAUGAAAAAUCCACCCAAGCAUUUUGAGGAUUUGGUGAUUGGGCAUUUUCGUAAUUGUGGGGUUGCCAUUUUGACAACAUGUAGAGGUUAUGUUAAUGGUGUAGGAGUUGGAUGUGGUGAAAAAAAGGGUUCUCGUGGAUUUGGGAAAAAUGUUGAGAAGUAUAUGGGGACACUUGUUGGGGGAUUUAAAGAAAUAGGAGUCGAGAAUUUGGACGAAUUUGUCCCUCAAACUCGAAAUCUAGCACAAAAGAUAAGGGACUUUUUUGGUAUUUAAGAGUCAUCUUUAUAAUAAUUAUGUAAGUAAUAUAACCUUAGGUUUUGGUCUAACCUAAAACAUAGGUUAUAAAGACUUUUGUAAAUAGGAAGAGACUUUUGGAAAAUGGUAAUUGAACUUUGUAGUUUUAAUCGAAAAUAAUGACUUGGACCAACUACAAA